CCUAAACACACUUAGGAUUCCCGGAGCGUGGAAAGUGGCUCUUUCAUCGCUAUUUGCAGCAAGAUUAAGCAUCGAAUAGCUGCCAGAACAUGACCAUCAAGCCGCUUCUUGCACUGGCAUGCGCUGCGGCGCCUGUCUCCGCGCUCAUCGCUCCGCGCAGCUCGCCUGUUAAGACAGCUCUCAGCAAGACAGCGCUGAGAGCGUGGGGACCCGAUUGGGAGCUCGAACCGGAGUCGACGUGCAUCCACGGCGGCUGGGCGCCCGACCCCGCCACCACCGCGCGCGCCGUGCCCGUCUACCGCACGGGCCCCUACCAGUUCGAGUCCACCGAAAAGGCCGCGAAGCUCUUUGCCCUGGCCGAGCUCGGCAACAUCUACAGUCGCAUCAUGAACCCGACGACGGACGUCCUGGAAAAGCGCAUGGCUUUGCUCGAGGGCGCGCCGGAGUUGGGUGGAUUAGGCGUGGCCUCGGGCACGAACGCGGCUUUUUAUUCCAUCAUCAACCUCGCCCAGGCGGGCGACAACAUCGUAAGUGCGAGAAAUUUAUACGGAGGCACGUACACGCAAUUCAAGGACAUCCUGCCGACCUUAGGCAUCACGGUGAAGUUCGUGGACUCGAACUCGCCGAGAGCCUUCGCUGAGGCCGCGGACGAGAAGACGCGGGCCUUCUUCACGGAGACCGUCAGCAACCCUGCGCUAGAUGUUGCAGACAUCAAGGCUAUCAGUGAAGAGGCCCACAAGAUUGGUCUGCCGCUGAUUGUCGACGACACGUUCACGACGCCCUACUUAUGUAGACCCUUCGACCACGGCGCCGACAUUAUUUGUCAUUCCCUCACGAAGUGGACGGGCGGCCACGACACGGCCAUUGGGGGAAUUGUGAUUGACAAGGGCACGUUCGACUGGUCGACGGGCAAGCACCCGCUGUUCACGGAGCCGGACACGUCCUACGGCGGGCUGCGGUGGGGCAUUGAUUUACCGGAGAUGCUCGCGCCCCUCGCGUAUAUUCUGCGCAUGCGCACGGUGCCCCUCCGUAACCUAGGAGGGUGCAUGUCGCCGGACAACGCGUGGAUGGCGUUACAAGGUAUUGAAACCUUGCCCAUGCGGAUGGAGAAACAUUGUGCGCGGCGGCGUCCGUUCCCUUCGAGUCGCGGCGAUGGCGUAGCGGUCGGACGCCGUCUGCGCGCGCGCCUCGACCCCCGCCGUUCGUACGCCAUCGAGUCGCGUGGAGGUGUCGGACACCGUCGACGCGCCGCGUCACUCGCCGCCCGCGCCGCAGGCGAGAACGCCAUGAAGGUGGCCACGCACCUGUCGAAGCACCCCAAAAUCGAGUGGGUCCGCUACCCGGGCCUGUCGCGUGAUCCCAUGCACCGGCUCCAGAAGACGUAUUUGAAGGGCAAGGGCGGUCCCCUGGUCGUAAUCGGCCUCAAGGGCGGCCGCGCCGCCGGCGAGAAGAUGAUCAACUCGCUCAAGCUCUUCUCGCACGUGGCCAACGUCGGCGACGCCAAAUCGUUAGCGAUCCACCCCGCGUCGACGACGCACUCGCAGCUCUCCGACGAGGAGCAGAUCGAGACAGGGCUUCCGCCCGAGCUCGUGCGCCUGUCCGUCGGCAUCGAGCACAUCGACGACAUCAUCAAGGACCUGAACCAGGCGCUGGCCCAGAUCGAGUGAUCAAGCUCCCCCCUUCGACCCCGACUACCCAAUCGACCACUUCGCGUGGCACGCUGGCCAGUUAGAAAAUAAGAAUUCGAAGACUA